GACACUCCUUCCCUACUCACUCGGCUUCCCCAGACCUAACCUGAAACAAGCCAUGGAGAAUUGCAAAAGACCCUCGUUAAAGCCAUGGAAGAAAGGCCCCACUAGAGGCAAAGGAGGCCCUCUGAAUGCCUCGUGCCACUACCGGGGUGUUCGACAAAGAACAUGGGGCAAAUGGGUUGCUGAAAUUAGAGAGCCUAAGAAGAGGACUAGACUCUGGUUAGGUUCAUUUGCCACCGCCGAAGAGGCUGCCAUGGCUUAUGAUGAGGCUGCAAGGAGAUUAUAUGGACCAGAUGCUUAUCUCAAUCUUCCUCAUCUUCAACCCAACCCCAACCCUCUACUCAAGUCCCAAAAGUUCAAAUGGUUUCCUUCCAAGAAUUUCAUUUCCAUGUUUCCUUCUUGCGGGUUGCUUAAUAUAAAUGCCCAACCUAGUGUUCAUGUCAUUCAUCAGAGGCUCCAAGAACUUAAGCAAAAUGCGGUUCAAAGCCUAACACCCUCUUCCAGUUCAUCUUCAUGCGAUUCAAAAGCUAAAAUCCAGACCAUGAGUGACCAAAUAGAAAACCCAACAGUUAAGAGGAAAGAUGCAGAAAUUUCAUCAGACAAGAUGCUGGGAGCUUGUGACGAGAAACCACAGAUUGAUCUCAAUGAGUUUCUUCAGCAGUUGGGUGUACUGAAAGACAAGAGACAGACAGAAUCAACCGACGCCACACUUAGUUUUGCAGUGCCAGAUGCUACAUUGAAAGAAUGUGAUGACGAACUUGAACCUGGAACCUUAGCCAACAAGAGUUUCAACUGGGAUACAGUGAUCGAGAUGCAUGGUAUUACAGAUCAAGGAGCAGAAGCCGGUAACCACCAAGUUUGCGACUUUAAUGAAGAGAUCAGUUUCUCUACUUCCAUCUGGAAUUUCUGAGAGGAUCAGCUGCUUUCAGGAAGAAAUAGUAUUUUAGCUUUGGUGGAGUUAGGAAAUUACUUCAGCUUGAAAUCUACUACCAGUUUCAUCACUCUCACGUAUGUAGCAUUUCAAUCUCCUAGUAGACAUCAGUUCACUUUCACUUUCUCUGUGUGUGUGUGUGAGAGAGAGAGAGAGAGACUAGUAGACAUCAGUUCACUUUCACUUUCUCUGUGUGUGUGUGUGAGAGAGAGAGAGAGAGAGAGAGAGAGAGAGAGAGAGAGAGAGGGCUUAGUUAGAUUGUUAGAGGCUGCGAGAACUUUGUUCUUCUACUUCUUGUGGCUGCGAAACUAUAAUUGGCCUUGGUUUUAACCAAUGGUUGAGGCGAACUGAUCAACACUUUGAUCAUUUUUCCGAUCACUAUAAUGGCCAUCUUUGCAACAACGCAUGUUUUUGCUCAGGUCCCUACCAACUGAGGGAACUUACAGGGAAAAUCUCAGAAGUGGGAGCUUUCAACAUCUUAGAUUAUAAUCGGAAGAAAUAUGGGCAUAAAGAUAAUCACUACAAGGAAGGAUUAAACAAAACAGUCGUAUGAAAAAGGAAAUGGAAAAAGUGAGGCUUACACAUAGAAGCCAUGAUUGCCACAGUAGUUUCCAGAUGAUAUUCAGGAUAUAAAUCUGUGCUUGGAUCUGUUCUAAGUAUUAAAAAGCAGGCAAUGAAGAUGACUCACGGAG